AUGAGCGACAGUGAUUUAUACUGAUCCAUACCUGUGAUUAUUGUCCUAAUCUGCAUCAACUCACUCUUCAAUGGUCUCACCUUAGGAGUCUUAGGACUGGACAAUGCUACCUUGCAAGUCCUUAUGGAGCAAGAAGUCAAGGAUGAGGACAGCAGAAAGCAAGCUGACAAUGCCAGAAAAAUUGCUCCUAUCAGAAAAAGGGGUAACUUGCUUUUAUGUACACUGAUUAUUGGAACAGUUGGGGCAGGCUCAGCUCUUUCAAUUGUGAUGUCUGAUAUUGAAGGUAGUUUAGAAGGAUUUUUUAUUUCGACAUCACUUAUAGUUAUUUUUGGCGAGAUAAUUCCUCAAGCUAUCUGUGGUCGGUACGGACUAAUAAUAGGAGCCAAGGUGGUUUGGCUCGUGCGUACCUUGAUCGUUAUUGAAUAUAUCAUAGCAAAGCCUAUAAGUGUAGUCUUAGACUAUUUGCUGGGAGAUGACCCAGGAACAAAAUUUACCAAAGCACAAAUGAAGGCACUUUUCAAUAUUUAUGAAAGGGAAGCCCGUUUAAAUCCAGAGCAGCAAAAAAUAUUGACUUCAGCCAUGGACUUUUCAGAUACCAAGCUCUACUCGAUUAUGACUCCUCUUGACAAGGCAUUUAUGCUGAAUUCAGCAAAGACCCUGAAUAUAGAAAAAAUUAAAAAAAUUUAUGAUAAAGGAUACAGCAGAAUUCCUGUUUAUGAAGGAAGGAGAGAAAAUAUCAUAGGUGUCCUCAUGGCGAAAGACCUGAUGUUUGUAAGCAUAGACAAAUUUAUCAAGAUGUGGAGCAGCAAAUGUAUUUUUAUAAGGCCAAUCAUGACAGUAAAUAUAGAAGUACCAGUUGAAGAUUUAUUAAAAGACUUCAAAGCAGGAAAGUCCCACAUUGCAGUUGUUCAGGAAGUUGUCGUGGAUGGAGGCAAAGAUCCUUAUUAUUCUCCAGUAGGAAUAAUCACAAUGGAAGACAUCAUUGAAACUUUAAUACAGCAAGAAAUAGAAGAUGAGCAUGAUGUUAACAGAUUAAAAGCAAAAACUAAUAAACUUCAUAAAGUCAGCAGCACAGUUCUGUUUUCAAUUUUUCCAAGCAAAUCUGUGAUGACUGAGACGGAGCUUGAAGUAAUAAAAAGCUUUUUAGUGAAAAGUGUAGAGCCAUUUCAUCCUGAUAGAAUUUCAAGCAAAAAUCUCACAAAACUGAUAAACAAGGCAAGAAUUUUAAUGAUGAACGGAGAAGAGGAUGAAGAAAUUAUCAGCAUUGAAGACAUUAAGUAUGAAUCAGACAAUUCAGUAUCGCAUUCAAUGGAUGGAGAUCAAAAGCCUGAUGAUGGGCUUCCAAGAAAAAUUUUAUGCCAGAAAGGGAUGGCUUGCAGCUUCUUCUAUUUGAUUUUAAGCGGGCAAGUUGAACUGACUAUAGGAAACGAAGGUAUUACUUCAGAAGCAGGACCUUAUCACUGCUUAGGGGUAAAAGCUUUAAAUGAGCCUAUGAAUCUAUAUGUACCUGACUAUACAGCUAAAGUGAACAGUAAUCAAUAUUUAGAACCAACAAGAAUUUUACGCAUUUCACAGCAGCUUUAUAUGAAGUAUGCUUCAAGGUCAUAA